AUGGCCAAGGUGGAGGCGGCGGCGGCGGUGGCAAUUACCGCGGCGGCGGCGGCGGCGGUGGCAAUUAUCGCGGCGGCGGCGGCGGCGGUGGCAACUAUCGCGGCGGCGGCGGCGGCGAUUUUCGCGGCGGCGGCUAUGGUGGCAAUUUCCGUGGUGGCGGCCGCGGCGGGGGCCGCGGAGGUCCGCGGCCGCGGGCGUGGAGAUUUCGACGAUCGUCCCCCACCAAGGUUUGGCCCGGACAGAGAGGCGCAGCUGGGCUCCGCUGCCAGGCCGGGCGAGAUGGUCCCCCUGCAGGGGCGGCAUGCGAGUGCUCAAAACGCCGAGCGGGCUUUCACUGAAUUCCCCAAAGCCCUCCAGGCUUUCCACUACGACGUUUCCAUCGCCUCUGUAAACCGAUCUGAGGCAGACAGCAAGACAAGAUCUGUGUCAACAGUGGAGACUGGAGACAUCUCUGAACUCCCCGGCCCCCCUCUCGGCCCCCCUCCCCGUCCCCCGCCCAACCUCCCUGCCAAGGCCCCAGCCAAACCCAUGACAGCUGAGCUGUCAAGGCGAGUGAUAGCAGCGCUUGCCGAGCAAGAGGACUGGCCCAAGGUGUGGGCUUUUGACGGGCGCAAAAGCAUCUAUGCUGCCAAGCUGUUCCUCCCGCAGCAUGAGAACAUCUUUGAGGUCAAGGCAACAGAUGGUGAGUCUGACCGCCCACGACGCUUCAAAGUGACCAUCAAGUGGGCGCAGACCAUCAACAUCAGGACCCUCCAUGACUUUGUCAGUGGAGGGGAAGGCGAGGAGAUACCCCAGGACGCUGUGCAGGCCCUGGACAUCGCUUUGAAGCACUCUGUGAGCUACCGCGACGAUGUCAAGACCUUUGCGCGUGCCAUCUUCUGGCACGACCCCACCAAAGUCAAGCCUCUGGGCAACGGCGCCGAGGCAUGCACCAUUCCCACCAAAGCUGUGUGGUUGGGCUACCAGCAGUCGCUGCGCCCCUCUCAGGGCGGCCUGACACUUAAUGUCGACUUGGCAGCGACCGCCUUCCUGCAGCCCCAGCCUGUCAUCGACUUCCUGAUGAGGGCAACAGGCCUGCGCAGCCCCAGGGACUUUAAUCGAUUGACUCCCCAGCAGCACCGCACCGCCAGCAAGGCCAUCACAGGACUCAAGGUUGAAGUGCGCUUGGGUGGCACUUUCAAUCGCAAGUACCGCGCCAAAGGGCUGAUGCCAAAGGGGCCGGCAGAUCUGACAUUCCACAAUGAGGCGGAUGGCAAGGAGAUGACAGUGGCACAGUAUUACGAAGAGCAUUAUCACAUCAGCGUCAAGAACCCUGAGGUCCCCUGCAUCAACGUGGGGACACCCACCAAGCCGGUGUGGCUGCCACCAGAGGUCUGCUGGAUUGCUUCAGGCCAGAGGCGCCUCAAGCUGGAUGAGCGCCAGACUGCAGAGAUGAUCAAGACAUCUGCGCAGAGGCCCCAGGAGCGCAAGGAGUACCUACAGAGAUGCCUCAGGAACUUUGCAGAUCUGCCGCAUGAUCCUAUUGUCCAGGCGUUUGGCAUGGAUGUGGACCCAAACCUGCUCAAGGUGAUUGGGCGCCAGUUGCCCCCGCCAGAGCUGCAGUACAACAACCGCAAUGUGACGCCCGAGCCUGACCGCGGCUCCUGGGACAUGCGCGGCACCGGCUUCUUCAAGCCUGGCACCAUCACCUCAUUCGCCAUUGCCGCCUUCUGCAGCCAGCGCAACGCUGCAGGGCCCCCUGAUGACCCUGUCUCACUCCAGAAUUUCAUGUGGGAUCUGGUGAGGGGCUGCACCAAGCUGGGCAUACAGGUGCCCAGGAUGACCCCUGUGCCAGACUCCCUCAUUGUCUGGCACAACCCCAACUCCAACUUCCCUGGGGAGACAAUGGUGGCCGCAUUUGAGGCUGCAAAGGGUUUCUUCAAGAGGGACCCAGACAUCAUAUUUGUCGUCCUGCCAGAAAGGAAUCAGACGGAGGUGUACAAGGCAAUCAAAAGAGCGUCUGACUCUUUCCUGGGGGUCCCAAGCCAGUGCUUCAAUCCGCAGAAGGGUGGCAUCUGCACGCCUCCGAGGCGCGGCCGCGACCAGUACGUCGCAAAUGUGGCCAUGAAGAUCAACGCAAAGCUGGGCGGCAUCAAUGUCAAUCUGAUCUCAAGGCCUGUCAAGUGGAUGGAGGAGCCCUUCAUGGUGCUGGGCGUGGAUGUUUCACACCCUGUGGGCUUCAACAAGAGCAGCCCCUCUGUUGCGGCAGUUGUUGGCUCGCUGGACAACUCUCUGUCUUCUUUUGGCACAGAGAUCGUGCUUCAGGGGCACCGCGUCGAGGUCAUCCUGAUUAUUAUUAUUAUUAUUAUUAUUAUUAUUAUUAUUAUUAUUAUUAUUAUUAUUAUUAUUAUUAUUAUUAUUAACCUGAAGCAAGCGGUGAGGACUCUGCUGCUGCUCUACGAGAAGACGACCGGUGCCAAUCCAAGGCGCAUCAUUGCGUACAGGGAUGGCGUGUCAGAGGGCCAGUACCCCCAGGUGCAGCGCUUGGAGAUCCCUCAGAUUGUGGAGGCGAUCUGCGAGCAGAGAAAAUGCGAUGUCAGAGACUGUGACAUCCCCAUCACCUACGUGGUAGUCUCCAAGGGCCACCACACCCGCCUCUUCCCUGCGAGUCCCAGGGACGGGACUGUUGUGGACAGGGCGAUCGUGCACCCCAAGGAGUAUGACUUCUACCUGAAUGCGCACGCCUCCAUCCAGGGCACCAGCCGCCCCGUGCACUACCACGUCCUGCUGGACCAGAACAACCUCGGCCCAGACCAGCUGCAGAGCUUCACCUAUGACAUGUGCUACCUAUUCUGCCGCUGCACGCGCUCUGUGUCGAUCGUGCCACCCUGCUACUACGCCCACCUGGCUGCCUUCCGCGGCCGCAUCCUUGUCAGCGAGGGCAUGUCAGACACGGAGACCUCUGUCUCUUCGGGCUCCACCGGACCCACAAACGUUGAGUGUGCAAAAGCGCACGCCAACCUCCGCUGCAAGAUGUACUACGUUUGA